UACUUCUUAUAAUCUCCUGUCAAACGAUUUAAGUGUUUACGAUACAUUGUAGUCUGCCGUAUUUAUUUAUAUUUUGUUCACCUGUUAUAGUAAACAUUUUGUUCUUCGGUAUUUUAGCAGAUAGUAGAUUUGAAUAAGUAUGAGUAGAUAAAAUCCACGUCAGUUUACAAAGGUUUCUCUUGUUGACAACGAAAUGUUAAUAUUUUAUUUUUUAAUUUUCUUAUCAUGUGCUUCUCAAAUAUCAACUUCGAUUGAUAACUAUAGUAAAGUCGAAAAGCAUGGUCAAGAGUUACUACUUUGUCGAAAAUGUGGUGCCGACGUUGCAGAUUCGCAUUACAUUUUCACUAAAAUCAGUCCUGGGUCUCGGAAUACUGAAAAGCAAAACUUAUUUGGAAGGCACAAUAUAACUGUGCAAACAUUAGUAAACCCAUUUGGGGUAAAAUUUGAUAUUAUAACAAUGGAAAAGGCAAGAUGUCAAAAUAUAGGACCAAAUCAAGGUGCAGAUUCUUGGUUUCCAGGAUAUACAUGGAGAAUCUGCACAUGCCCACAUUGUGGUCACCACUUGGGCUGGACAUUUGAAAGCAAUGAUAAAGACAGUCCAAAAGACCAUAUAGCUUAUUUUCAUGGAAUAAUAUUAAGCAAUAUACUGGGAGAAAACUUUACAGAUUCACUCAUCAUGAUGCCAAAAAUGUACAGGAUGUAGACAUAAUUUUGCCGAGAUUUUCAUAAAUUAAAUACUUUUACAAAAGACAUGCUAAGCAAUAAGAUUAAAGAUUGAAUUAUAUAUUUUAUACAUGUAUGAAAAAUAAAAAAUGUUUUAAUGUUUAUGGAUAAUUAUUUAUUUCACAAUGAGUAAAUUAUCCUUAAUCACCUUACAUCUAGAUACAAAUUGUCAACAGCUAAAUUAUGUUUAGUCAGUAGCUAGAAAAUGUGUAAAACAAUACUUUUAUUGAACAAACAUGUCUAAUUUUUGAAGAUGAUUUAUAGAAUUUUAUAGACCUUAAUCUAGAAUCCAAUGUUCUAAUAGAUAAUAUUUUAUGCCUGUUAUUAUAAAUUAUUUUUACUUUCUUGCACAUAAUAAACUGAAUAUGUAAGUUAAUUAUUUAUUAACUGUUAUACAAGAUAGUGCUACAAAUGGACCAAUGAAAAAGUGGAUAACCUAAAUACUAAUUACAUACUAGUUGGAGUUAAUCAUCAACCACACACAAAACUAGAGAUUAAAUGUCAAAGCUUUAUUUAUUUUGUUAUUUGCUUCUUUUCUAUUAU